UUCUUCCCACCACCACUUCGAACGCGAUGCUGCUCCGAUCGGUCCGUACGGUCGAGCGCCUCUGCAACUCCGCGAGCUCUUCGUUUCUAUCUUCUCCUUCCUCUGUCCAUCGUUCCAGUGGCGGCCUGAGAAAUCUGUUGCGUAGAGCAACGACGGGAAACGUCGUCGGCUCUGCUUUCUCUGCUCCUGCUUCUCGCUGUUGUUCUUCUUCUGUGUGUGUGAGCUCGCGAAAUGAGGAUGAGUUGAGGAGCGAAUUCACCGAAUCCGAGUUGAGGAGAUUUCCUUCGCGGGCACCGGCGACGGUGAGGUUGGUUAAGAGCAGGAGAAAGGCGCGGCGGAGGACGGUGGUAGGAGCGGCGGAGACGGCGUAUUCGGCUAUAGAAUUGGCGUUGGACUCUGUGGUGAAGAUCUUCACCGUCUCAAGCAGCCCUAACUAUUCUCUUCCAUGGCAGAACAAGUCACAGAGAGAAUCCAUGGGCUCCGGAUUUGUAAUUCCCGGAAGAAAGAUUCUUACGAAUGCUCAUGUGGUGGCUGAUCACACGUUCGUGCUUGUCAGAAAGCAUGGAUCACCUACCAAAUAUAGAGCAGAAGUUCAAGCGGUUGGUCAUGAAUGUGAUUUAGCCAUCUUGGUGAUCGAUAACAAAGAGUUUUGGGAGGGUAUGAACUCGUUGGAGCUCGGUGACAUACCAUUUCUGCAGGAGGCUGUCGCCGUAGUUGGCUAUCCUCAAGGUGGUGACAAUAUUUCCGUCACAAAAGGUGUUGUGUCAAGGGUUGAACCUACACAAUAUGUUCAUGGUGCCACACAGUUAAUGGCAAUACAAAUAGAUGCAGCUAUAAACCCUGGAAAUAGUGGUGGCCCAGCAAUCAUGGGAAACAAGGUUGCUGGUGUAGCGUUUCAAAAUCUCUCAGGUGCUGAGAAUAUAGGUUAUAUCAUUCCAGUUCCAGUAAUUAAACAUUUCAUUUCUGGAGUCGAAGAAAGUGGGAAAUAUGUUGGUUUCUGUUCACUGGGUAUAUCAUGUCAACCUAUGGAGAAUGCUCAGCUCCGUAAUAACUUCAAGAUGAGUGUUGAAAUGACGGGGGUUCUUAUCAGCAAAAUAAACCCUUUGUCGGAUGCUCAUAGAGUUCUGAAAAAAGAUGACAUCAUUCUUGCAUUUGAUGGUGUUGCUAUUGCCAAUGAUGGAACAGUUCCUUUUCGGAACAGGGAGAGGAUUACUUUUGAUCAUUUGGUGUCCAUGAAGAAGCCAAAUGAGACUGCAUUAGUUAAAGUCUUGAGGGAUGGAACGGAACAUGAAUUCAUUAUCAGUUUAAAACCCCUGCAACCACUGGUUCCAGUGCAUCAAUUUGACACACUUCCAAGUUACUACAUAUUUGCCGGAUUUGUCUUUGUGCCGCUCACUCAACCAUACCUUCAUGAAUAUGGAGAAGAUUGGUACAACAGCUCACCCCGCAGAUUGUGUGAGCGCGCUUUAAGAGACUUGCCCAAAAAGGCCGGUGAACAACUUGUCAUCCUUUCUCAGGUGCUAAUGGAUGACAUUAACACAGGAUACGAGCGUCUUGCCGAGUUACAGGUGAAGAAAGUGAACGGAGUCGAAGUGGACAACCUGAGGCAUCUUUGCCAGUUAAUAGAGAAAUGCAGCGACGAGAAUCUGAGGCUGGACUUAGACGACGAGAGGGUGAUCGUCCUGAAUUAUCCUUUCGCGAAAAUCGCCACUUCUCGGAUCUUGAAACGCCAUAGAAUACCGUCCUCAAUGUCCAGUGACUUGCUGAGUGAACAAAACACCGCGACUGAAUCGGUGGCUUGCGCCGCUUGAAUUCCGUUCAUUUCGCAAGUGAUCUCUACAAAAUCCAAAGGGGGUUGGACUUUGUUGUAAUACUUGCAAAUUCAUAAAAUUUCCUCAUGGAAGUGUUAUGCCGGAUUUAUAAAUUAUGUUUAUUUUGGAUU